CCUCCUCCUGUAGAGAGGACAGAGCAUAGGAGCCAGCCAGCCACGGUCUCGUCGUCGAGGUGUCGGUCUGCGGUUAGUGGAUAUACACGCAGAUUCUCACGCCAUCGCUUGAUCAUCGGUGACUUGAUCAGUCAGACCCUGAGGGCAGUUGCUGCCUCUCUCUCACACUUCUUCCUGUCUGUUGACAGUUUUGUCAUGGCGUCCUCCUUGAUCAGUCGUCAACUUGCGCUCUCCCUGCAGAAAAACUUGCGCCUCAGUGCUCCAGGGUGCAGAUAUGUCAGCAAGGCAGCACCAAAGACUCAGGUGGAGUUUGACUAUGAUGGGCCCUCCAUGAAAACUGAAGUCCCUGGGCCACGAUCACAGGAGCUGACAAAACAACUGGGAGACAUCCAGAAUGUUGGUGCAAUCAACUUCUUCUGUAACUAUGAAGAGAGCAGGGGGAACUACCUGGUGGAUGUGGAUGGCAACCGCAUGCUGGACAUCUACACUCAGAUCUCCUCCAUUCCAAUUGGCUACAACCACCCUGCUCUCCUCAAACUAAUGGCCAAUCCCAAUAAUCUGAGUACAUUUGUGAACCGACCUGCCCUGGGAAUCUUGCCACCUGAGAACUUUCCAGACAAACUCACUGAAAGUCUUCUUUCAGUGGCUCCCAGUGGACUGACUCGUGUUCAGACGAUGGCCUGUGGCUCUUGCUCCAACGAGAAUGCUUACAAAGCCAUGUUUAUCUGGUAUAGGAACAAAGAGCGAGGCCACACAACAGCAUCUGAAGAAGACCUCAGCUCCUGCAUGAUAAACCAGGGCCCAGGUUGCCCAGACCUCAGUAUAUUAUCUUUCAUGGGAGCAUUCCAUGGAAGAACUUUGGGUUGCUUGGCAACGACACACUCCAAAGCAAUCCAUAAGCUCGAUGUGCCCUCAUUUGAUUGGCCGAUCGCCCCGUUCCCCAGGCUGCAGUACCCACUAGAAGAGUUUACCAGAGAGAAUGCACAGGAAGAGGCUCGCUGUUUGGAGGAGGUGGAGGAUCUGAUAGUGAAGUGGAGGCAGAAGGGAAAGCCUGUGGCAGGAAUUGUGAUUGAACCCAUCCAGGCUGAAGGCGGAGAUAACCACGCCUCCCCAGACUUCUUUAGAAGCCUUCGCAACAUUGCACGCAAGCAUGGCUGUGCUUUCCAUGUGGAUGAAGUCCAGACCGGUGGAGGGUCCACAGGAAAGUUUUGGGCCCAUGAACACUGGGGAAUGGAUGACCCUGCUGACAUUGUCUCCUUCAGCAAGAAGCUUCUGACUGGCGGCUACUACCACAAGCAAGAAUUACAGGCUGAUAAGCCAUACCGUAUCUUUAACACAUGGAUGGGUGACCCAUCAAAGAACCUGUUCCUGGCUGAGGUUCUUAAUGUGAUACGCAGAGAAAACCUUCUGGAGGAGGUGACUCGUUCUGGGAAAGCCUUGCUAAACGGCCUUUAUGAGCUGCAGGCUCAAUACCCCAACAUAUUGAGCCGAGCCCGAGGACAGGGAACCUUCUGUGCCAUUGAUAUCUGUGAUGAUGCAACACGCAACAGCAUCCUUCUUAAGGCCAGAGACAAAGGUGUCCUCCUGGGAGGGUGUGGGGAUCGAUCCAUCCGUUUCCGUCCAUCACUGGUGUUCAAGGAGUACCAUGUUCACAUGUUUCUCAACAUCUUUAAUGAUGUGUUGGCCCAGCACAAAUAAAUUCUGACCCACAGGGAACCUGACUGACAAUACAUGAGUUAAUCCAGAAUGGAGGGAUUGAAACUCCUUACAGUACAUGUCAUGUUAAGCACAACCCACACAAUAACUAACACAGACCUGUAUAACUUCUGUUUCAAGAUCCAGGGCCAGUUGAGUUUAUAACAGUGAAUAUUUGCCAGUCUUCAUCUCCUUAGCCAGAAGUUAUGAUAAUUAUGUCCUCUUACCUUUCCUGUCAUAAAGCUGUAAAAUUACCCAGAAAAUCAUUCAAAUUUAAAGGAAUGUUCAUAUUUCUGUAAAGUAAAUAUGUUGAAAUGACAAAUUCCAGAAUCUUCCUCAUCUGGAUUCAUGUUCUCCUGUAUAGACUGACUAGACUAGCAGUACUAUGUAUGAAGGCAUCAUGUCAGUAAAUCUAGCACCAUCUUUUCCUUACCCUUUCCUGCCAAUACUAUUGUUCCUCACCAACCUCUUAAAGGAAACAGUCCAACAUUUUGGAAAACAGGCUUGUUCGGUCAUCUAACCCAAAGUCUGUAGCAGUUUGCCAUUAAAGCAUGAGUGAAACGGGAGCUGUUUCCCAGUCUGACAUCGUGUUUAUUUUAGCACCAAUUUAUAAUUCUGAGGAGUUCUUUAGUUUAACCAAUCAGUAUUGGGUGAUGAAUCCAUCUCACCAAUGUAAUUUUCAGUCGGCACAGAAGUUGUGGUAGCAGUUGCUUGGAGCAGUUAACGUUUUUCAUGUUCAUUGAAUUUUUAUGUCAACUUAAAACAAACUUUGCAGCUGCGCAAAGCUUAUCCACUCUUGUCUUCAUUUUUGCAGCAAUUUUUCUGUUGCCAUUUUUCUGUUUCUGGUACAGGAAGAUGAUGUCCCCAUUCUUAAUUUGGCCUACAGAGUUCUGAAUGGCUUGGAUUUUUUUCCAUCAUCAGGGAAAGAGCCGGCAAAUUGCACAAGACCAGAUUUUUUGCUGAGACAUCUGAGAUUCUGACGUCUAGAAGCAGGCUAAAAAUCUUGGUCUGUUCCCUUUAACAGGUAGCACAGCAUUAGACACAUGUAAAUAAGAGAAGAUCCCAACUCCUAAUAAGCCUCAGUUAAUGGCUCAGAACAAAGUCUUACAUACAGCUUCUUUCAGUGAUCAUUUGCAAGUAUCAGUCCCACCACCUGACUCACAGUCACUGAAGUAAUUAUAGUUAGCCAGAACAUUUGUUUUAAGAAGGCAGACAGUUAUGUUAGAUACGGAAUUCUUUGUCAAUGAUGACUCUAUGAAGGAAUACACAAUAAAGCUAUGAUGCCA